CAUGUUUCCCAUUUCAUUGCCUCUCAUUCCCAUUCCUCUUCCUUGAAAUCCGCCUCUUCCUUGAAAUCCGCCUCUGCCUCUGCGGCUUCCACGACCACGCAUCAUUCCAGCUCCAACACCCAUCAUUGCAGCUCCACCUCCACCACCCAUCACUGCAGCUCCACCUUCCAGCACACGGCCCGCCCUCCCGCCUAACUUUCCUUUACCAUAUUUCCCGCCUGUCACCUCGCCAAUGCCGUCGGCCACCGCCUGCAUCUCUUCACCCGUCGGCUGAUAACACUCCACCUUUCCGUCAUCGGCGACUCGGACACCCGGUACGUACGCAACCGUUCUGUUCAAAAGUCUUUUUUUCACUUUUCUAGGGUCACCAACUUUCGCUGCAACGCUGCAGCAUUUUUGGUAACAUUUGACGCAGACGAUGACAGUAAUAACCACUUUUAAGAUGGCGAUGCCAAAGAGUACUCCCAUCAUCACAGUUUUGUUUCUGUCAACUGCUUCCUCUGCUUUCAGUUUCUCUGUUUGGGCCUGAAAAUGAUAGUAGAGAGGUUUAGAAAGUUAUGCUGAAGAAAUGAGGUUUGGCAAGUGAAUGUUUUGAGGUUUAGGAAGUUAUGCUGAAGAAGAGGAAGUUAUAGUAAAGACUAUUCCCAUCAUCAUAGUUUUGUUUUUGUCAACUGCUUCCUCUGCUUUCAGUUUCUCUGCUUGGGCCUGGAAAUGAUAGUAGAGAGGUUUAGAAAGUUAUGCUGAAGAAAUGAGGUUUGGCAAGUGAAUGUUUUGAGGUUUAGGAAGUUAUGCUGAAGAGGAGGAAGUUAUAGUAAAGAGGUUUGGGAAGUGAAAGUUGAGAGGUUUAGGAAGUUGUGGUAAAGAGGAGGAAGUUAUAGUAAAGAUGAUAUGUUUGGCAGGUGAUAGUGGAGAGCCAGUGAGUUAUAGCAAAGAGGAGGAAGUUCUAUGUAGUAUGGUGGUUCGGCAAGUGAUAGUAGAGAGGUGAGAGUUGUAGAGUAGGGGUUUGGCAAAGUAGAGAGGUUGACUGUAACUGUCCAAUGCCGACAGGAAGGAACUCGUUUGAGAACGUAUUAUUUCUUGAAAACUUGCCUUCAGUUCCUGUGCCCUUGCUUCGUCAGAAUUUGCCGGUGGUUUCGGACUUGUAGUCGCUUUUUCAGCUUUCUUCUUAGCAUUACGUUUCUCUCUGACGUUGUCAUGCACCAGCCAAUCCGAGUCGGCCGCUCGCUUCAGUCUGCUGGGUGCUGAGUCGAGAAAGUCAUCUGCCAGGGGAUUAAACGAUGGCCCAUCGACUUCGACACCUCUUCUCCAGCGUCGGAGUGAAUAAUACAUCGCUUCGCUGCUUCCAGACGUCCACUGCUUGUUGUCAGUCGUAUUCAGAUCAGUCUGACAAGAAACCUCGAACUGGGAUCGUUAUGCUGAACAUGGGUGGCCCAGAGAAACUAGAACACGUCCAUGAUUUUCUGUUGCGGUUGUUCUCAGACAAGGAUAUCAUACCUCUUCCGGCUCAAAGCCAAUUAUCAAAAUUUAUCGCCAAGCGGCGCACGCCGAAAAUAAUCGAGCAGUAUCGUAAGAUAGGUGGUGGUUCCCCCAUCAAGAUGUGGACUGAGCGCCAAGGCGCAGGGAUGGUUAAGCUCCUCGAUCAGAUCAGCCCCGAGACGGCGCCGCAUAAGUUUUAUGUCGGGUUUCGUUACGUUCACCCGUUGACGGAGGAGGCGUUGGAAGAAAUGGAAAGGGAUGGCAUCAAGAGAGCAGUUGCGUUUACUCAAUACCCACAAUACAGCUGUUCGACAACAGGAAGUAGCCUCAACGCCAUUUUCCGCCAUUAUAAAAAACGCAAGGAGUCGACCGAUAUGAUUUGGAGUGUAAUUGACAGGUGGCCGACGCACCCUGGCAUGGUUCAGGCCUUUGCUGAAAACAUCCUUGCGGAGAUCGGAAAGUUCCCAGAGGAAGAUCGGGACGAUGUUGUCAUUUUGUUCUCCGCACACUCGCUCCCGAUGAAAGUCGUCAACAGAGGCGACCCCUAUCCAGCAGAAGUUGCAGCGACCGUCUCAAGGGUGAUGGACUACAUCGGGCAUUCGCAUCCAUACAGGCUCGUCUGGCAGUCGAAGGUUGGGCCCCUGCCAUGGCUAGGAAUUCAGACCGAUGAGGCAAUCAAGGGCCUAGCGAAGAACGGUAGGAAGAAUAUACUACUGGUUCCCAUUGCAUUUACUAGCGAUCAUAUCGAGACGCUACAUGAAUUAGAUCUUGAGUACGGCAUGGAACUUGCGCAAGAGGCUGGAGUAAAGUGCAUCCGCAGAGCUGCGUCACUGAACGACAACCCAACCUUUGUUAAGGCACUUGCUGACAUCGUGAAAGAACAUCUCGUGACGAACCAGUCACGGUCUCGACAGAACGACCUCCGGUGUCCAGGAUGUCUUAACGAAACUUGCGGCCACAUGAAGGAAUUUUUCAUGAAUCAACAGCCUUUAUUAGACGUCAUGAAAGAGCGCGAAGAAAUCACUGAAGUACAACGGAAAGCGCUGAAAACUUGAGAAACUCUACAUGGUGGAAAAGUGAAUUUUCUUCCCAGGUGGUGAUUUUCAGCUACGUCACGUUUGUCCCAAGUCCAGAGGAAUUUUGCGCCAUGAUGGAAUCUCGUAACGUCGAACGCUACUGGACGUAGCUGAUAGAGACCACCUGCUUCCUUCCUGUGCUUUUCUUUUGCGUUAUGUAAGAUUUGAAUUUAUCUGGUCAGUCUAAACGUUAGAGGGUCUUUAAGAUUCUGGAGGCUUGAGCGCAAGGAUAUAUCGUCGUUGCAAUAUUCAUUUUUGAAAUAUCAGUCCAGGUCACUAUCAUUUAGUGAUUGUGAUAAGGUCGCGCAGGUGGCAGUGUUAAUAAGCUAAUUAGUUCUCCACAAAUAUAUUGUACAGUUCUACAUUUGUGCCCUAUAUAUCUAGGGCAUCUUUCUUUGGAAAACAAUGCUCAGUUUUAUCCAUUAAUAAGCCUCUGGUGCGUUUAGCAUCUUUUGAUAAUACUUGGAACUGUUUCCCACUGACCCGGCCAACUAGUUAUUUUAAUUCUAAGAUAACCGCUGGGGCCCUAGUCUAGUUUUUUUGGCCAAAAAAUCCACUCAAGAGGAAGCGGGACUUGGGGACUUUAGCAAAAGUAUUUUGAAACUAAAAGAGACCAAACUAUUCAUCAGGGGGGUACAAAUAUUUGCCUAUUUGAUGGGCCUUUUUCUAACAAAAGCUUCAUCCAUUAUUAAGAUCAGUUGAAAACAUAUCAGUUAUGUCAUCAAUUUUGCACCAAAGCAAGCCCUCUCUCAGCAUCCCUCAAUUUUCAAGAAUAGUCUUGGGUACAUCUGGUAAUGUGUAACCAAAUUAAGUCUCGGGGUGGGGGGGGGGGGGGUGCAUAUGCAGAGAGAGACUAAACCUUUUCUUCCCUUCGAAUGCCCCUUUGUUGUGCAUGGUAUUUAGUUAUAAUAGUAUGUUAGUGCUUCAGAAAUAGUAUGAUAAAACAUGUAUAAUUUUGUUAGAAAAUACAAGCUGAUAUUUUAUAGAUAAUAACAA